AUGGAUAAUGAAAUAACAAGAAUUAUCCAUUCUAUCCCCCCUGUUACUUUAUUUCUUUUAUCUGGCUCGUUAUUUGUUUCUAUUACACCUCUUUUGGGUAUUGCUAGAGCUGCUCAGUUAGUUAAUAUAUGGCCAUAUACAUUUAGAGGGCAGCUUUGGAGGCCUUUUACUGCGUUUUUUUAUGCAGGCGGAGGCUUAAAUUUGGUUAUAUCGCUUUUUUCACUUUAUCGGUUUAGUAAUGAAGUUGAGACACUUUAUUUUACUGAGAGUGUCUCGGACUAUUCAUUUUUUCUAGUAUUUAAUGCAACAGUAAUUUUGUUUCUUAGUUAUUUCAUUUCAUCUAUUGUAUAUUUUCCUGCAUUAAAUUUAUCAAUAUGUUAUUUUUGGAGUCAAAGAAAUUUAAAUACAAUUACUAGUCUUUGGUUUUUUCGAAUAAAGGCUCGAUAUUUGCCAUUUUGUAUGCUUUUACUUUCAUUUUUUAUGGAUGGAUUUCCUGUUGUUUUGCGGGAUGGUUGUGGAUUAUUAAGUGCACAUCUUUACGAAUUUUUAACUAACACAUUGCCUUCUUGUGGAGGCCCCCGUCUAACUGUUCCAAGGUGGUUUACAAGCCUUUUUCCAUCAAAUAAUCAACGAGUUAUAAGAAGGCCUUUUGGUAUUUUGUUUAACAAUCGACAAAAUACUCAGAAAGAUCCACCUAAAAAAUCAGCUUUUAAAGGAAAAGGCUAUAAAUUAAGUUAA